AUGCCGGUUCUCGUGUCCAAUGGAAAACAGUACCGGAUGCCGCUUCUCCCAGGGAAUGUCCGCGAGAGGCCUGCAUACGCCGUCAGAAAUGUGCACGCUGACCGCUAUGAGGAUCUUCCUAUCACACGUCCACGGCGACAACGCGCAUAUCCCGCAAUGCGUAGCGCACUUGGAGCCACCCGUAGGCCGCUAAACUCAUAUCAUCACUCCAUGGCCGUCAUUCCGAGCACAACUCAAGGCUGCCUCCGGUGGUCCUCUGAAGAUGACAAGGCGCUCCGGCAAUUGAAAGCGUCGAACGUCUCAUGGAAACGUAUAUCAACCGUGAUGGACGGCAGACCAAUCGCGGAACUCAAGGAGCGCUGGCUCGAUAUUCGGGAUGGCAGGCAUAGAGUCCACGAAGCGUACGAUCUGAACGACUUGUACGAGAACGAUGACGAUGACUGGUAUUUUGAGGAAGAUUAUGACGAAGAUUAUGGCAGAGAGAGUCGUCAUGUGUCGUUCAGUCCGUCGCUCGAUGAAGAGACUGAUGACUCGGACUAUGUCCCUUCCAAGCGGUCGAGGACGAAGAAAGUUUAUUAUCUCGACGAUGAGUUCACCCUCGACGAGGUACUCCUUCUCCACCGAAUUGCAGCAGAUUGGGAACGGGACCGGUUGGAAACAAUUUGUAGUCGGUUCAAUAGUAAAACCGGCCGCCAUAUUACCCGAAGGCAAGCAAGGUCUGUCCUUGAUGAGUAG